CGGUUUUAGUUCAGGCAACAAUCUAGUGUAAACCACUGUUGGUCGGAGGAAGAAAUAUUGCAGUAACAAGAGUAGUAGUAACCACUUCAGAAAUAAUGCCGGUCACCGAAACUUUGGGCAGGAGGAACUGCAUCCCCAUCCUAUACACCAGGGGCACCCACUACGAAGUUGGCUACGACGUCGGUCGCACCUUCGCUUCGCUGAUACACGAUUAUCUGAAGAACUCGUUCAUGCUCAACGAUGAGUACAUCCCUGCUUACGAAACGGAUGCCGGGAGGAGGGCUUACGAUGAUACCUUGGAAUGCGUGAGGGAAAACUUUCCUCAUUACGUGAGGGAAUUGGAAGGGACGGCCGAUGGCGCCAAAGUACCUUUCUAUAAGCUGUUCCUACUCCACAUGGAUAACAUCAUAACGAACGCGUGCGAGAUGACCGGUAACAUCGAAGCUACUGGUUGCUCUUCGAUUUGCGUCAACAACGGCGAACAAGAGGUAUUAGGACAUACGGAAGACGCGUUCAAUGUGGCCUUAAACAAUUACUACUUCGUUUCCGCUCAUAUCAUUACUGAGAAACCUCAAGGGAAAUGGGGAGUCACGGAAGAACGUUUCACAUCCCUUUGCUAUGCAGGACACUUGCCUGGCUACACGAUGAAUUACAACCACCACGGUUUGGUGUUCUCCAUAAAUACUUUGAGCGCUGCAAAGCUCCACCCUGGUAAAACACCCAGACACUUCUUGACCAGAGCUCUUCUAUCGGCCGAGAAUUUCGAGCAGGCCCAGAAGAUCUUGAGAGAUUCUGGAUGCGGAGCCGGAGACGGCUGCUCCAUCAACUUGACCUUCUUAAACCAAGAAGGUGAUAGACUCUUCCACAACGCCGAAAUGGGCCCAGCCGAUUACGGAAACGAGUCGCAAUUGAACAUCCUCACAGCCAGUCCCGGAGAACAUCUCCUUCACACUAACAAGUAUUUGCGUUUGGAAAUCCAGCAGAUCAAGGGCUUCGUGAUCGACAGUGCGGAAGCCAGGUUGGACGCUUUGAAAACGUUCAAACCGCCGAAAUCGAAAAACGAUGUGAUCGAGAUGCUCGGCGAUCAAUCAGGAAUCAAAUACAGGGUUUUCCAAGACUUCGGACCGGACGAUGUUGUGAAAACCAUAGCCGUCGGAAUUUUCGACUGCAAAGAAAAAACGCUGAGCUUGUAUGCUGACAACCCAAAAUCCAAUGAACCUCUAGUUGUGAUACCUUUAGUUCUAAAGAAAACUAACAAAAUGUAACUUAAUUUGUGUAUUGUAUAAUAUUAUAUUUAGCUUAGCCUUACUUGCUUGACAUCAUAGUACUUAAAAUCCGUCCCAAUGUUAAAUUAUGU